CCGUUAUUUUUAGUGUGCUUUUUAUCCCUGUCCCUCUCGCUUCUGCCUCCUCUUUCAAAACCCAUAUUUGGAUGGAGGGGUAAUCAAGUCUCCUUGUUAUUUUUCAAAACCCACAUUUGGAUAAGAACGGUUUCAGUCGGUGUGCGUUCUCAUCCUCUCCUUCUUCUUUUUUCCCCACCCUUUAUGUUAUUAUUGCGUCGGAAGUUUUGAUUCGAGAUAUCUAGUUGUUGGAACGGAUAAACGGUAAUCGUAAUUUGAUGCUACUGACUAACUAAGUUCAGUUUAUUAUGUAAUUAAAAUGGCCAAAGACCAUGGUGGAUCUCCGAAGCUCCACCAACUGGAGAACCGAAAGAAGCGCCUCACUUACGUUUUUGGGGUUAGCGGCCUCUGCGUCCUCUUCUACGUUCUCGGUUCCUGGCAAAACAACACCAUCCCCAAACCCGACCCAAAUUCAAACUUAUCUAACAAAGUUGAUUGCGACAAUGUAGCCACCUCCCAGCCCGACACCGGAUCUUCCGGUAUCGAUCCCGGGUCCGUAUCGCCCGACAACAACGUGGCUCUCGACUUCCAAGCCCAUCACCAGCUCAAUGUCAACGACACCCCCAUCGUCUCGUCGGGCCAAGGCUUCCCGGCUUGUGCGAUGAAUUUCAGCGAGUAUACCCCUUGCCAGGACACGACGAGGGGGCGGAGGUUCGAUAGGAACAUGUUGGUAUAUAGAGAAAGGCAUUGCCCGGGCGAUGAUGAGACGAUUCGAUGCCUGAUUCCUGCUCCCCCGAAGUAUAAGAGCCCUUUUAAGUGGCCUCAGAGCAGAGACUACGCUUGGUACGAUAACAUCCCUCACAAGGAGCUCAGCGUUGAGAAGGCUAUUCAGAAUUGGAUACAGGUAGAGGGUGACCGGUUUCGGUUCCCUGGGGGUGGCACGAUGUUCCCUCGGGGUGCUGAUGCCUAUAUCGACGACAUUAACGCGCUUAUCCCGUUGACUGACGGGAGCAUCAGAACCGCUGUUGACACUGGAUGCGGGGUUGCGAGUUGGGGAGCUUAUUUGUUGAAGAGGGACAUUUUGGCGAUGUCAUUCGCACCAAGAGACACACAUGAGGCUCAGGUGCAGUUUGCAUUGGAGAGGGGAGUUCCUGCGAUGAUCGGUAUAAUGGCAACACAGAGGAUUCCAUAUCCGGCUAGAGCUUUUGAUAUGGCUCAUUGCUCACGGUGCUUGAUUCCAUGGGCAGCAUAUAAUGCCUUGUACCUUACUGAAGUCGAUAGAGUUUUGAGACCGGGAGGAUACUGGAUUCUUUCUGGUCCUCCGAUCCACUGGAAGAAGUAUUACAAAGGUUGGGAGAGAACCCAAGAAGAUCUGAAACAAGAACAAGACGGUAUUGAAGAGGCAGCAAAGAGCCUAUGCUGGAAGAAGGUUAUUGAAAAGGGAGAUCUUGCUAUUUUUCAGAAACCUAUAAACCACGUUGAAUGCUCUCAGAGCAUACAGGAUCGCAUGUGCAGGAGCAACAAUGCUGAUUCUGCCUGGUACACGAAAAUGGAAGCGUGCAUAACUCCAUUACCAGAGGUAAACAGUGAAGAAGAGGUCGCCGGGGGGGCGGUCAGGAAGUGGCCAGAGAGGGCAUUCGCUACGCCGCCAAGAAUAAGCAUGGGUACGAUCCGAGGAGUAGAUGCCAAGACGUUCGAAGAUGACAACAAUCUGUGGAAAGAGAGGAUCUCACACUACAAGAGGAUCGUCCCCGGGCUUACUCAGGGUAGGUACAGGAACGUGAUGGACAUGAACGCCAACCUGGGUGGGUUUGCUGCAGCUCUCAUUAAGUUCCCGGUUUGGGUGAUGAACGUGGUCCCAUCUCAUUCGGAGCGUAACACUCUCGGUGUCAUUUACGAGCGAGGGUUCAUCGGAACCUACCAAGACUGGUGUGAAGCGGUCUCGACGUAUCCGAGAACCUACGACCUUAUCCACGCCGACGGUCUUUUCAGCCUCUACCAAGACAGGUGUGACGUGGUGCACAUCCUGCUAGAAAUGGAUCGGAUAUUGAGGCCGGAAGGGACUGUGAUAUUCCGAGACACGGUGGACGCGCUCACCAAGAUCAAGGAGGCGAUGGACGGAAUGAGAUGGAAAGGUCAUGUCAGCGAUCAUGAGAGCGGGCCCUUCAAUCCUGAGAAGAUCCUCGUCGCGACCAAGACCUACUGGACCGGCGAGCCCUCUCAAGGGAACUGAUUUGAUCGAAUUUUUAUUUCUUUUCUAACAGAGGAUAUGAUCUUCACGGGGUUAGUUUCUAUGCAAAUCUGUAAAAUUAAUUAAGAAUGUUGCCAAUCCUAGUCUCGUUCGUUUCUUUUAGGUAUCCUUUUUUUUUCUUUCCUGAAACCCUGUUAGUAGAGUUAGGAUCUUGAUCAAAGCAACGGUUGUUUUUUUUUUUUUUUGGGUGAGUGAUUGUUGAGAGUUGAGUGCAAGGACUGCUGAUUUUUCCCCUUGAUGCAAACAUUGUGUUUUUUGGUAACUA